AUGACUACUGCCAUAAAGAAAGAAAGUGUAUGGGACUAUCCUCGUCCGCCGGCUAUCGAACCGACAAGACAUCACUUGAAAGUGCUGCUUGAUGGAAUCGUACUAGCUGAUACAACCCAUGCUUACCGUAUAUUGGAAACCUCUCAUCCACCAACCUACUACAUUCCACCUUCUGACGUUAAAAUGGAAUAUUUCAAACAGAACGCACGAUCAACGUUUUGCGAAUGGAAGGGAGCAGCUCGAUACUAUGAUGUUGUGGUGAAUGGCAAGACAAUCAAUUCACGUGUGUGGUUUUACCCACAACCAAGCUCAAAGUAUGCUGCUCUGAAGGAUCACCUUUCAUUUUAUGCCACCCCAUUUGAUUGUUAUGUGGACGAUGAACGUGUUCAAGCUCAAGACGGAGAUUUCUACGGUGGGUGGGUUACUUCCUGGAUUGAUGGUGGCAAGAAGGGAAUGAAGGGAGGGCCAGGUACCUGGGGAUGGUAA